AUGCACAAGCUCUCCAAGCUCAGCCAAGCUCUGUCUGCAUGUCCGGAAGCUGUUCCCUCGAGGCAGCUAGAGGAGCUGGGUCAGGCUGCGAGCUUCCUGGUGGAGGAGGCAAGCAAGGUGCGAGGCACUGCAUUGGAUCUGCCCACCCAGCAGACCUACCAGGCGUCUGUAGCAGCGCUGCAGAGAAAGAACCUCUGGUUGGGAUCGCGGUCGCCCAGAGCGGCACAAUUGCCAGCAGAUUCGCCUGCAGGUUUUGCUGUGGCAGCAUGGGAGGAGGAGUGCCAGCUGCUGUACGUCCCCCAGCCGGACCCCCGACCCCUUUGUGAAGCGUUCAUGCUGCUAGGAAAGGCCUACCACCUGCUCAUAACUGCACAUCUCCUCCACCUGCGCUGCCUGCUGAGAGAACUGCGGGACUUGGCUGGGCGCACUGACAAAAUCAGCACUGUCAGAGCAUCCCUUGUGGCCCAGCAGGUGGGGGAUUGCAGGGAGGCUGUGCGCGAGGCACUGGGGAAUGCCGAGAGGCAUGUGGAGGAGGCGGUGGAGUGGGAUGGCAGGCGCAAGGCGCCGGUGCUGGAGGGUUCUUAG